AUGGACCCAAGCAGAGGCAACGUGCCUCAGGAGGGCCAAUACGAUGAGGCUUGGGCACAUGAUCUGAGAAUACAAUUCGAGCAGCUGCUGAGGGACAGGAGGCUCACCGAGCUCACCAACCGAUCACGGCAGGGCACACCACAGCCCCGUGAGACUGCCUCGUCUGCCGACCUCCGCGCUGCCGCCGCAUCUCCAACACGGCCCUCGACCUCUCACGCCAGCAGCGUUCACACUCCGCCUACCUAUGCAUCACUGCGCAAUCUCCCUUUGAUACCGACGCCGCCCGCACAAAACGACCGCGAUUCACAAAAGUUCAGGAACCUCAUGGUUACGCUCUCACAAACACCUACCAAGUACGAAAACCCCGGCCUUCUCGACGAGGCCCUCCAGGUGAUUCCUCUGGAUCGGAUCUAUGGAGAGGCUGAGGAGGAGUGCCAGGUGCUCCAGGCACAGGCCGAAAGCAUGGGUGAUGGCCGCAAGCCUGAAUGGGGCUACCAAGAUUGUGUCGUCCGGGCACUGCUCAGGUGGUUCAAGCGUACAUUCUUCACAUGGGUGAACAACCCACCAUGUCCCGCAUGCAUGUCCCCGACGAUAGCACAGGGCAAGACAGCACCCACGCCCGACGAGAAUGCCCGUGGCGCUCUCCUCGUUGAGCUCUACCGAUGCUCAAACUCCGCGUGCGGCGCCUACGAGCGAUUUCCCCGAUAUAGUGACGUCUGGCAACUCUUACAAACCCGGAGAGGCCGGGUUGGAGAGUGGGCAAACUGCUUCAGCAUGCUCUGCCGUGCUGUCGGGGCCCGUGUGCGGUGGGUGUGGAACGCCGAGGACCACGUCUGGACCGAAAUCUAUUCGGAACACCAGAAGCGAUGGGUUCAUGUCGACGCCUGCGAGGAGGCAUGGGACAAUCCACGUCUCUACUCGGAAGGAUGGGGCAAGAAGAUGUCUUACUGCGUAGCAUUCUCCAUCGAUGGUGCCACCGACGUGACCCGAAGGUACGUGCGCAAGAGCGACUAUGCGCUGGAGCGCACCCGGUGCCCGGAAGAGGUCAUGUUGUAUAUCAUGCAGGAGAUCAGGAACAUCCGGCGGGCCAACAUGAACAAGGACUCGCGUUUCCGCCUCGAGAAGGAGGAUGCGCGAGAGGAUCGCGAGCUCCGCUCCUUUGUCAUCUCGUCCAUCACACAGGCCGUCACCGAGCUUGUCCCUGGCUCGGUACACACCACCUCCGCCAUCGUUCCUCAGCCGCCUCGACGGACCCCAGCGCCAUCAUCCUCCGACGACACCAAGCACCCCGCCGAGCUUCCUGGUCGACAGAGCGGAAAUGCCGAGUGGGUAGCCGCACGUGGCGAGAACGGAAGGAGGAUGCAACAGCAGCCGCCUCAGGACCCCUCUGGCCGACCUCCAUUUCCUUGA